AUGACUUAUAAACGUCGGGAAGCUCAAUUUUUAGAAACAUCAAACCAAAAAUAUCAUAAAUCAGAUGAGGAACAUAGCGAUGAAAUUUAUUUAAGAAAUACAGAAGUUACAAGAGAGGAAGCGUUUGAUAAAAAUGGUAAAAUUGCGCUUGACGAUUCAAUAUCAGUCUUAUGUGAAGAAGUGCUCAGUGACAAUUAUAGCAAAAAGAAAGACAAUAAAGAUCAUGAAGAUGAUGAGCCACCCAAAGACUAA